CAAACGCACACACACACACACACACACGCACACACACACACACACACACUAUUUUCAGUCCAACUUCUCAGGUUUAAGCCAGAGUAAAGAAACACUCAAUGUCUAUAUCUUCUGAUCAAGUCUUUUAUAGGUCAGCAUAUGAACGCUACAAUCCAGCACAGGGCCAGCGUUUGCUUUUCCCAUGAGCUGAGCGCAGGAUCUGUGUUUAAUGUGGUUUUGUCUGUCCUGUUCCCCAUUCUGUGUUUUCAGUGUCUCUGAGCCAUUCUGCUGUUUUUAUUUCACAUCUCAGUAAAGUUUUGACAGUCAGUUUUACUCUGCAAGUAUUUAGGACACGUUAGAUUUGUGAUUUCUUCUCUUUUAUUUGCAUGUCUAAGCGAAUAUAAAGCAGGAAUGAUAUUUGACGAUGCACAGUAUUUUAGAGAAUGGCUGACACUCUGCCUCUUCUUCUCAGCCUACAUUGAGGAUGUGGCCCGCUGUGUGGACCAGAGCAAACGCCUCAUCAUCGUGAUGACGCCAAACUAUGUGGUGCGGCGUGGCUGGAGCAUCUUUGAGCUGGAGACACGGCUGCGCAACAUGCUGGUGUCCGGUGAGAUCAAGGUAAUCCUCAUCGAGUGCUCUGACCUGCGGGGCAUCAUGAACUACCAGGAGGUGGAGGCUCUGAAACACACUAUCAAGCUGUUGACGGUCAUCCGCUGGCCGGGCCCCGGAAGCAACAAGCCCAACUCCCGCUUCUGGAAGCAGCUGCAGUAUGAGAUGCCCUUCCGGCGGCCUGAGCCCAAGCUGAGCCACGAGCAGGUGCUGGACGCCAGUGAGCAGGGCCCGUUCGGGGAGCUACAGACUGUCUCUGCCCUCUCCAUGGCCUCUGCCACCUCCACCGCCAUGGCCACGGCCCACCCAGACCUGCGCUCUGGCUUCCACAACACAUACCACACGCAGAUGCGGCAGAAGCACUACUACAGGGGCUAUGAGUACGACAUUCCCUCGUCUGGCACGCUGCCACAGCUGGCCACACUGGGCAGCCAGCACACGUACUGCAACAUCCCCAUGAGCCUGCUGAAUGGUCAGCGGCCGCCAGGCCAACCAAUCCAUGGGCAGCAGCAGAGCCUGGAAGAGCAGCAGGUCAACAACGCCCUGCUGCCGCUGCUGCCUCGUGAGACCAGCAUCUCCAGCGUCAUCUGGUGACCCUGGGGGGGUAGGGCUGGACCAGUCUCAUCAGGUGACUCUGAUGGGGCAGGGCUGGUCCAGUUUCAUUGGGUGACCCGGGCGGGACAGGGCUGGUCCAGUCUCAUCGGGUGACCCUGGCGUGACAGGGCCAGUCGAGUCUCAUCUGGUGGCCUAAGCAGGACAGGGCUGGUCCAGUCUCAUCUGGUGACCUAAGCGGGACAGGGCUGGUCCAGUCUCAUCUGGUAACCUAAGCGGGACAGGGCUGGUCCAGUCUAGUCUGGUGACCUAAGCAGGACAGGGCCGGUCCAGUCUCAUCUGGUGACCUAAGUGGGACAGGGCUGGUCCAGUCUCAUUUGGUGACCCCGGUGGGACAGGGCUGGUCAAGUCACAUCAGGUGACCCCAGUGGGAAAGGGGUGGUCCGUCCAGUUUCAUCGGGUGACCCCAGCGAGAAAGUGAUGGUCCUGUCUCAUCGGGGGACCACAGCAGGACAGGGCUGGUCCAGUCUCAUCGGGUGACCCUGACGGAACAGACCUGGUCCAGACUUAUUUGGUGACCCCGGUGGUACAGGGCCAGUCCAGUCUCAUCUUGUGACCCCGAUGAAACAGGCUUGGUCCAGUCUCAUUCGGUGACCUCGAUGGGAUAGGCCUGAUCCAGUCUCAGUGGGUGACCGCAGCAGGACAGGCCUUGUCCACCCACUUAUAAGCUGCUGCUGUUUCGCUGUGGGUCACAAGGAUGUAGACGGGUCAGGACUCUGCAAUGAAGUGUGGACACCUGAUCUGCUUCACUCUCUCAAACAGCCGCUCGGGAACUCUCAGAGGAAAACAGGGUCUUGUACAUAUCGUUUGCAGUUUCUUUGUAGCAUUGAAUUUAUUUUGUUGGAUUUUUUUUUUGUCUGAUUUGCUGUUUUUGCCCUCAUAAAACGAGUAGAAACAAGUGAGAAAGAGUAAACCCUAACCGGAUUUUUUGAAAAGUCCUUCCAGAGUUAGGCUUCACGAUAUUUUAUUUUUUCUUCAGAGAUGUUUUGUUUGUGGUCAGUUGAUGAAAUGUAGGAAACACAUCAUUAUGCAAAUGCUACUGAGGCCUGAAAGCUCUUCUUCUUCUUCCUGAAUAAAAGACGAGCCGACGACACUGAAGAAAACCAGAUUAAUGAUGCUCAGUGUCUCUGCUGCUCUCUUAAGAUACUGAGACUUGCUUGAUUGGGAGAUCCUGAGAAAAACUGUACAUUAUUUUAAAAGAAAAAAUAUAUUUUUAUAACAAAAGGAUUUGCUUGGAAAUACAUAUUUACACAAUUCAUUCACUCCACUAAUGGAAGCAUUUUAUCUCACCAUUAAUGUGUUUCACAGAACCGUUUUGAACUGUUCUUGUCAAAUCAUGGAUGAGCAGGGGAAAACAAAGAUCUGUUUUUUAUUUUCACUUUAAAACUGGCAUAAUUUCUGAGCGUGCACAGCAACUAGAGAUGUAUUCAAUUUAUAACAUAAUUAUCUAUAUAUACACAUAUAUUUUGCAAAAACAUUACACAUAGAAAGUGCUUAGGAUACAGAUCCACGUAUCUAAAUAAUUACAUGAAUUGUGGUCACUGCACAUCAGGACCUGUGAACCUCCACUGUAGUGCCUCCUGCUGCUCCACCCACAGGUCUAGAGUGAUACUGCAUCGUCUCUCACUGUUUAUAACGUUCUGCAUCAUUCCUCACUGCAUUAUCUCUCACUGUUUAUAAGGCACUGCCGUUACACCUUCUGUCUGCACCUCAUCCAUGUUCUGCUGUAGAUCAUUAGUGAAGACCUGGGCCAAUUUUACCUCAUUUUAAACAGUGGGCCAGUCUUGUGUCAGAAUCUACACCCUCAGAAAUACAGGUAAGCGCUGUCGCUUGGGCCGUACCAUUUUAGGUACCUGUUUCUACUGAAAUGGUCCAUAUUGGUAUCUUAAAUGUGCAAAUUAAUUCCUAAAAGUACAACAGUAUUCCUUCUGAAAGGGACAGUCUCUGUAAGAGCUCUUACUGUAUCUGUUAGAGUGUAGGCAGCUUAUUUCUUUACUACAAGAGUAGAGGACUAAACAAAUGUGUUUACAUUAGGUCAGGCGUCAUAUGGACAGGCCCGGCAUUUAUUUAUAAAGCUGCUCCAUUACACACGUGGCACUGCCUAUUCAUUAGUGUUCAUUUUAAUAGUCUUACUAUCAAUCUAAUGAAGGCUUUACAUCAGUAACCUGCAACUCUAUUAAUGUAAAAGAAAUGAAACCAAAGCUGGCAUUUAGCGAUGGGUACAAACAUAUUGCCUUCUCAGAUGCUCUGGUGGAAAUCAGGGAAAACUCAACAAGGAAAUUUGAAUAAAUAACCAUGGAUUCAACAUAGUAUGAAAAGAUCAAAAGCCUCUCGCAGAUGUGGGAAAAUAUCAUUGUUGUACCGUUUAUGAGGAACAGCAAAACUUCAUCUGAUUAUUCUUUGUCAGUAGUGCCAAAAAACAGAUUAUAUGCAAAGAUCUGUAACACAGAGGUGUCCAGAGUAACAGGGUCACACCGACCUUCUCAUCCAGCAUUUCAUCCCAAACACAGUUAAUGUCAAAUGUUUGAUCGGUUUGGAAUCUCCUGCGGUGUUGAUUGACCUGAAGCUGAACCAAUCAGAUUAUUUCAACAUGAUUUCACUUCUCAUAUUUUUGCAAGUUUUUUCUCUUGUAUUUUAUAUUACAUUGUGUAAAUAUGAAUUGAAAUGGUAAUAAAAGACAAUCUAGCCACAUUCAUGAAAUAGAAGAGUUGACAUUUUCCAAAAGAGUGGCAAACUCUUUCAUGAGCAUUUCUGAUAUUACUGAUCAAAAAUAAGAAGAUAACAACAAGAGUAUUAAUAAUAUACAGCACAGAAUUUGUCUCCGGCACUUUCACCAGUCGUACACUAAAGAUUAUGGUUCUGUUUGUCUCCUGUUUUUGAAUUAUUCUCUUUUUUUAUUCUGUAUCUGCGAUGUUAUUGAAGACAAAAUGUCAUUAAUAAUAAUA